GUUAGAAAAGUGUGAUUUAAACUGUCAAAAAAUCAAUUUAGACUUGAAAAAUUAUAAUUCUAAUUAUAUUAAAUUAAAAUUUUUUCAUGUUUUUAUUAUAAAAUUUUAUUUUCAUUAAAUGUCAUUGUUUCGGAAACUUUCAAAUUGAUAAUUUUGCAAAACUAUUUUAGAAAAAAUUUCAGAAGCAAUGAAAUUCUUAAUUACGUCGUCGCGUUUUGCCUCUAGAUUUCACAAAUUCCAGACUCAACUGUUAACAUCAUCAUCAUCACAGCAACUGAAAUUCGCAUCACCAUCAUCGUCGUCGUCGUCGUCAGACUCACUCACAUCAUGUCUUGAUGAUGAUUACGGUAUUAGAACCAUCACACUGAAUAACCCAAGAAAGAGGAAUGCCUUAUCCUUAGAAAUGCUGCAAUCCUUGGCAAGUAGCAUAAGCAAGCCGUGGGAUAACUUAAGGAUCAUCGUCAUCAAAGCAACAGGUCCGGUCUUUUCAUCUGGGCACGAUCUUAAAGAAUUGUCGAAAGAACGGCCGAGUAGCUACCACGCUGAUGUUAUACAACUCUGUUCCAAGCUUAUGAACUCCUUCAAAGAUAUACCAGUGCCAAUCAUGGCUCAAGUUCAAGGAUUGGCAACGGCAGCAGGUUGUCAGCUGGUAGCCAGUUGCGACAUCGCCAUUGCCGCAAAGAGCGCAAGAUUUGCAACGCCUGGGAUCAACCACAGUUUAUUCUGCACCACACCGGGGGUGGCUCUAGGUAGGGCCGUGCCCCGAAAGGCAGCCCUCUACAUGCUCUUCACUGGUUUCCAGAUAACUGCCGAUGAGGCCCUGAGGUUCGGUCUGAUCAGUGAAGUAGUGGCCGACGAAUUUCUCGAAAACGAAGCAAGAAGAAUCGCCGAAUCGAUAUCUAGAUCGAGUAAGCCGGUUAUCAAACUCGGCAAGAAGGCGUUCUACCAACAAAUCGGUCUGAAUCAGGAGGCCGCCUACGAUCUGGCCACGACGACAAUGGUCGACAAUUUGAAGAUUAGAGAUGCACAAGAAGGUAUUGAAGCUUUCCUACAGAAACGACAGCCAAAAUGGAAUCACAAAGGAUAAAAAUCUGUUUUUUAGAAUGUAAUUAACUUAAAAUCAUUUUCAAAUAUUUAUAAAUAUAGUUGAACAAUUGAUUGUUAUUAACUAAUUUGUUGAUUUAUUAAUUAUUAGUCUUGCCUUUAAUGUUAAUCUUGUCAACAAACAAAUUGAUAAUUAUAAGCCUAUCACUUAAGCAUUUUAUAUUUUCGUUGUUAUAUGUGCAUUUUUAUCACGUUUUUACCUCAAAUUUCGUGUAUUAAUUGUUAAUUUGUUAUUAAAAUGGUUUUAUCUGUAAUUUUGAUGGUAAUAAAACUAAUUUUUUCAACUUUUUUGCUUUAAAUUCUUGAAUAUUAAUGUUACUAUGAAGUUAGUAAGGAAUUUAUAUUUUUCUUAAAAAUGAAACGCUUGUCUUUUUUCGAAGUUGCCAUGGUAACUAAUAUAAACCAAGUCGCCAUUGUUUUACUUUUAAUAAUUUUGGGUGCAAAAUAUUAAUUUAUUCAUU